ACUUCUAACAAAGAUGGCAGCUGAUCCACUCGUACCUCGCCCCCUCUUCGGAGGAGCUAUAUCUAUAAUGCUCCCACAGGACUACAUCGAUGCCAGUGAUCUUCGACAAGUUCCUGACAACCAAGAAGUCUUCCUAUCAUCCGCAUCGGACACCAGCAUAGUUAUCGAAGUUCUCUCUAUGGUAGAGGAAGGCCAAGCCUCGUCAGAUCUGUGGGAAGCCACAAAAUUUCAUUUCGAAUCCAUCGCACACGACAAUUCAUCUCUAUCUACAACCGUCCUCACUCCAUCGCCUGGCUCUCCGAUACCUUCACGACCUCUUCCUGCCGUACCCACCGAAUCGCUCGAUUCGACCCCUCAGCCGGUCAUUUUGACAGGGUUGCAGAAAGUUCACAAGUAUUCUCAGGACCCUUCGGGAGCACCUCGACCAGGCCACGAGAGGGAUGAUCCAGACGAGGUAUGGAUCGGGGUGGCUCUUUGGCGAUGUUGGGUGGAGCAGGUUCGGCCUUUGGAGGACGCUCCUGUGACCGAUCUCGAUACAGGCGGGGGUCACGGAGUGAGAAAAAAGAAAGCCGACUUGGUGUAUAGCGUCAACGUCAACUUGUCAGCUUCUGAUGGGAAUGGCUACAGAGAGAGGCAGAUGGUAGAGGCUUGGUGGCAGAGAUCAGUCGGAAGCUUGAGGAUCGAGGACUGGAACCUUUUCGGGGAUGAAGAGUGAUUGGAGCGGUGCAAAGCACAUGACUUGUCACAUAAUCAGUAAAUUCGCACAAAACCACAAACAGCAUGCAGCGUUCUGCCAGGCAUG